GAAUGUGAUGCAGAUCAGGGAGACCUGGCAUGUGAGAGCGAGGGAUGUGUGGGAGCAUUCUGCAGCUGGAUGGGACUGCUGGCUUCGCUAGGUCUGGAGAGCUGGCUGCACGCUCCCCAAUGCUCUUGCCUUUUAGGAAAGGGAACUUCUCGCCCUCCUUGCUGCAACAUUGAAAACUUUCAAUAACCGCCGCCAGUUACUCCCCAACCCCCCUUCUGGGUUGCCUGACCACCGGAGGAAGUGACAACUUAUUGCACGAAAGCCAUUUCCAUGCAUCCUGCUCUGACCUGGGAGAUGUGAAGCAGAACAGCCAAUCUUAUUUAUAGUGCACCAACAUGUUCCUCGGUGCUGUGAUUUUUUGUGAGUGGAGGCUCAUUUAAAACCUGUGUCCUGACAUUUAGGAUGGCAUUUGAUUCCUCGCCUUUCGUCCUGCCGGACCAGCUCCAGCACUUCAACAUUCAGACUGUGGACACCGGAAAUGGCGAUACUUCUGCGGAAUCCUGUCAUUUGGAGAGGGGCCGCUAUGAGGUCAUUCCCACUGUGGUGUGUUCCUUGUGCUGCCUGUUUGGACUAGUCUACACCUUUUUUGGUUACAGAUGUUUCAAAGCCAUAAUGUUCUUAUCAGGUCUGCUGGCUGGUUCAGCAGUCAUCUUCUUGCUUUGCUACAAGGAGCGAAUCCUGGAAACACAGUUGAGUCUCGAGUUGAGUGCAGGGAUUGCGCUGGGUAUCGGACUGCUUUGUGGUUUGGUUACCAUGCUUGUGCACAGUGUGGGUCUCUUCAUGACUGGCCUGCUUCUUGGACUGCUACUGGCCACUGCUUGCUUAGUGGGACUUGAACAGUUUUACCAUCCUCCCACUGCAUGGGUCCCAGUGGGUAUGAUGAUGGGUUCUGCCAUGCUUUUUGCUGUACUGACUCUCCAGUGGCAGAAACUUUUCACGGUGAUUUCAACUGCUACAUUUGGUGCAGCUAUCCUGACCGUGUGCACAGAUUAUUUCAUUGAGUUGAUGCUGCUGGUGCAGUAUAUCUAUAACUAUGUCCGUUUGGAACCCUCCCAACACCUCUGCUGGUACAGCUGGGUUGUCCUCGGAAUGUGGCCAGUUCUAAGCAUCUUGGGAAUAGUUGUUCAAUGGAAAGUGACAGCUGAGGGCUUCUCUCAUACGGAUGUGAUCAUAAGCAGACGUCAAAAACGCCUCCAGCUCUUGCGGAUACGACAGAAAGAGGCCAAAAAACGUCAGAAUGUUGCUCCUCAAGAGGGGACGUAUCGACGGAAGGCAAACCCUAUGAAAAGAUACACUGGGGAUAUUCUUGCACCCAGUUACUUGCAGAGCUUGAGGGAUCGGCAGACUGGCACCGGCACAUCCAUGAGCAGUCUGAGCACGUACAUGCAAACAGUAGUGGACUUGGACUAUGAGUGUGGCUCCACUGUACCUCUUACUGCCACUACACCAGUAAUCCGAGUCUGAAGGAAUGACGUCCUAGAUGAUUUCUUGCACAUAGGAAACCAUGCCGCCAUAACUAUGGAACCUUAUAUGAUAGCACGUUUUGUGCCUUAAAUGGUCUCCUUUGGUACAUUGUCUGCCACAAUUUUGCUAUGCCACUGUUACCUUUCCAGUUUCCAGAAUUUUAUUGCAAGCAGUGACUUGGAUUUAGGGCUGAGUGUGUAGAGCCCAGAUUUCAAUUAGGACUCUUGAGCACUUAUAUUCUGUGGGCAAGUGUAUUGUAUGAAACGAUGCUGAAUACGGAGUAAAGUGCAAUAUCUAGUAGACCGUGAUUUAAAACUUUAUUGUAAAGGGACUUUUUUUAUUUUAUUUUGUUGGUUUUGGUUUUAAAUAUGAGCCACAUGUAUCUGUCCAUUACACAGAAUCUCAUUUUUGAGAAUGACGGAUAUAACAGAAUAAUUUAAAACAAAUGUAAAUCUAGAAAAAACAUUUCCUAGAACAGUUUUAACCCUAUUAAAUCUGAUGUAAAAAUAGGCGUUGCGGAUAAAAAUAACAAUUGGCCGUCCUUUUUAAUGCAUAUAGUUGAGAGGACACUAUAACCACUUCAGCUCAUAAAACUAGUUAAUGGUGCCAGAGCUCUGUCCCUGCUGCCACACAUUUGACAUAUCAAUCUUCAAAGUGGAGCAUAUAGUGCCGCCUCUAAGCACUGUUGGUCAGAGAACUGGUAGCAAG